AUGUCAGGCACAAUGUCAGGCACAAACAAGAGAAAAUUAUCUGCAAGAACAUUAGGUAUAAAGUAUGAAGCGCUCAAGAAAAUAGAGAGUGGCAUUCCGAAAAAGGACGUCGCUGCUGAGUAUAAUGUGCCUCGCAACACUUUAUCCAUGUGGUUGAAAAACAAAGAAAAAAUAGUAAAUGCUUUUGAGAGCAGAAAUAAUCGUUCUGCGCAGAAGUUAAAAUCGAGCAACUAUGAAAACCUGGAUCAGGCAGUUUACAAAUGGUUUGUAAAAGUAAGGGAGGAGGGAUUACCAGUGAAUGGUCCAAUACUAAAAAAAGCGAUUAAGUAUGCUGAAGAACUAGGCAUAGAAAACUUCAAAGCAUCAAAUGGCUGGUUUGAGCAAUGGAAGAGCCGGCAUGAAAUAUCUUUCAAAAUUGUUUCAGGUGAAGCAAUGUCGUGCACCGAAGAAAUGACCACGUCAUGGGAAGAAUCGACUCUUCCAACUAUUGUCUGGAACUAUGAGCUUCGAGACAUAUACAACGCAGAUGAAUUUGGCCUCUUUUAUAAAGCGCUUCCAAACAAAUCACUGCAACUGAAAUCAGAGAAGUGCAUUGGUGGGAAGCACAGUAAAGUUCGAUUAACAGGCCUUGCAGCUGGUAAUGCAGUAGGCGAUAAAUUACCCAUUUUUGUUAUUGGGAAGUCGAAAAAACCCCGGUGCUUCAAAAGUGUUAGAAACUUGCCAUGUAGAUAUCGGUCUCAAAAGAAAAGUUGGAUGGACAGCACACUUUUCAAGGAAUGGGUCCUCGAACAAGAUCGUAAGUUCGAACGCGAAGGCAGAAAAGUAGCACUUAUUGUAGAUAACUGCCCCGCCCACCCUACCAUGUCUAGUCUAAAGGCUAUUAAUUUGGUGUUUCUUAUACCGAAUACAACAUGUAAAACCUAA